AUGGCCCCAUUGGAGACAACUGAGAGAGACGAGGUCUCAGAUGAAGACCUCGACGAGAAGGAUCCUUUCCGAGAGCUAGGGGCAGCGCAAGACACCUAUCCGCUGGCGAAUGCACCCUGCUUGCUUGUGGGUUUUCGAUGGGAUACAGCCACCACGAAUGCUGUGUGCGAUCUUGACGCGGUGAUGGUCUUCUUUGACGAUGAUGCAAAGUCGCUGGCGCUAGUGGACUGCGUCCAGGAUACGUACAGCAACGUAGCCGCUCUCAUCGACGACUCGGUGUACAACAUGGAGGGCGGGCUGGAGGAAGACCUGGAGAAGAUGAUGCUGGACCUUACCAGGGUGGACCCGAGAGUGUCCACCAUCGUGGCCGGAGUCCGAUCUUUGUCGAUGACCUUUCAGGCUCAUGCGGUAUCCAGCAUAAAAUGCGUAUGCGCCAGCCUCCGCUUCCGGAGGUUCAGCAACGAGGGCGGGGCGGUCGACCUCACGCCGGCUUGGCACCAACGCGUGGUGUCAUCCACCAGAAUCUUCGGAGUGCAGCACGACACGCACCACGACCAGCAGGCUCUCCCGCAAAUGAAGAACAAGUUUUUUGCCGAGGGGCACAGCCGGGGCCUCAGACGGCACCCCUUCGUCCACGCGGUGUUCAUGCACCUGUACCAGACCACCAAAGGGCUUCACGUCAAGGCCGACGCGGCGAGGGUGGUGGCGAUGUUGGACGAGCUAUUCGAUCAGAUAGAUAUUAACGGCAACGACUACGUGGAUUGGGAAGAGUUCACGUCGUUCUGCAUCGAGCUCGGGGUCAUCAGUGGGAAGGGAACCAACAAUGCUGCUUUCCAGCCGGACGACUUCAUCAUCGAGUACCAGCCCGUGUCUCUGCCGGGAGCGGGCGGUUCUGGGGGCGGUUCUGGUUGUGUUGGCGGUGGGAGCGACGGGGGCGAGGACGAGGCGACUCUUCGUAGCGGUAGCAUGAUCCGAUCCGCAGAGUCCGGGCAUGGCCCAGGCGUUGCCUUCAUGACGUACGUUCCUGAGCUGAAGCAGGCAUACUACGCCGAAAAGGGCUCCAAUAUCCUGAAGGCGUUGGACUCUAUCGGAAAGCCCAACCAUCAGCAUGAGUUUCUGGACCCGUACUUCGUUGAAGGCCAGCACGUGGCAGUGCACACGGUCGCCUACAUUCCCGGCCGUUACCUAGUCGUGUUCUGCAGCGACCACAGCGUGAAUCUCAUGAAGGAAGUCAAGAACCGGAGGGGGUGCACACACGGCUACCACAGCGAGGCGAAAGUGAUGCACCAGCUGAUGCACCGCAAGCUCAUGUGGGAACCGUGCUUCCAGAAACUUAUCUCGGUCGGCUCCGACAACUAUCUCUACGAGUGGGAGGCAAGCACACCGGCGUUCUUCGUGAUAUGGAUUGUGCAGUAUGGUAACAUGGCCGGGUAG